AUGCCUGAACCAAAGACAGAACGACGCCAGUAUCCAUCGUCCAUAAAAGACAAGUUCAUCGGAGCCGUGCUCACGGGUACAACAGUCGCCAAAGCGGCCCGGGUUUUCCACAUCCAUGACAGCGCAGCACGGUACAUCUGGAAAAAGUACAAGACAACGGGUUCGACAGAGAAUCUCCCCCGGUCGGGACGUCCACACAAGCUUGACGAUACUGCGGAGCGUCAUAUCAUACGCAUUGCCCGAAGGGAGCGGAGAACACCUUUUACCAACAUCGGAAACCAACUCCCAUCACCAGUCUCGGGGUCAACUGUUCGAAGGGUUCUGCGCAACGCAGGAUACUUCCGCCGGGUAGCGCGCAAGGUUCCCUACCUGAAGAAGGUUCAUAAGCGUGCGCGACUCACAUGGGCUCACCUCUAUUGUGACUUCACGCCCCGCCAUUGGAGGAAGAUCAUGUGGACCGACGAAUGCUAUAUUUAUCUCGGCGACAAUCAUGGACGCGUUUACAUCACACGGCGCGCGGAUGAAAAAUACCUCGAUGAAUGCCUUGUUGCGACCUUCAAGCAGUCGCCAGUGAGAGUAAUGGUGUGGGGUUGCGUAAUGGAGGGUCAAAAAGGGCCGCUUGUUGUGUUGGAGUACCCAGGAGGCAAAGGUGGAGGAAUGAACACUGCCCGGUAUUGCGAGCAAGUGCUGGAGGGGGCUCUGAGGGGCUUCUAUAGAGAGAUGAGGACCGAGAGAGGCCAGGUAAUUUUCCAGCAGGACAAUGCACCAGCACAUACCAGCAAACUAACGAAACGAUGGCUCACUCAUCAUGGCAUCACACAGCUCUAUCACCCUCCCAACUCUCCGGACCUCUCCCCAAUUGAGCCUAUUUGGCACGAACUCAAGCAAAUUAUACGAAGAAGGCCACAUCAUCCCACAUCCGUAGAAGAACUCCGUUUGGCUGUUAUCGAAGCCUGGGAGCAGAUACCGAUCGAGUGCGUCAAUAAACACAUUUCUGAGAUGCCUGACCGAGUAGCGGCUCUCCUGGAAGCGCGGGGCAGCCACAUACCAUUUUAA